CAUGAAAAGAGCAGAGCAAGUGCUAGUAUAUAGCAGAGUACUUGGAAUUGGUUUUUAUUUCCUCUGUAAGAACUCUUGGGUCAUAUUUGCAGAUAUCUUGUUUGACUUGUGAUAUGCCUAAGAAGGACUUGUGGGUAGGGACAACUGACCCAGUUCCUGCAGCAGUUGUUGGCAGUGCAGACAGCUGUGACAGUAUGAUCAGCAAUGAAUCCAGCCACUCUGGAAUGAGUGACAGUGGCUAUGACUAUCUAUCUGUGGAAGAGAAAGAAUGUCUCCUGUUCCUUCAAGAAACGCUAGAUUCACUAGAUGCUGAAGCAGACAGUGGGGUUUCCACUGAUGAGGCUGAGAUUGCUGAGCCUUCCAGGCAUCCACGGACAUGGCCUCAGAGAGACAAUCCCAAAGAACUGGACCAUGAAAAUCUUGGAAAACAACAAAAAAAUGAACAGAAGAGCAAAAAAAGAGUUACUGAUUUUGUUCCUGUUACCACAAGUCCAGGCUAUCAUAGCCUUCCAAGGAAUGUUGGUGUAAGAAAGGACCACCAAACAAACAACCAUUCCCUCACAGAGAUGGCAGGCUCUAAUGCUGAUGAUCCAAAAACACGUCCUCAGUUGCACCUGAAUUCAUGGAGGUCACAUAAGCUUGGGACUGCAGACAUACCAAAUGACCAACCCAGUAUGAGUACCCAUAUAAAGACCCCCGAUUUGGAGUCUGUAGUCAUUCCACCCCCUGAACCAUUUCAGGAUCAGUGCAGAAGCCAUUCCACAACAGGGCAGGAGCCACCACUUCUUAACAAGGAUUCCUGCAAGGAUCUUGAAAAGGGGACACCUUGUCACUCUGAGAUUAAGAGAAAUAUUGACAUCAUAGAGGGUUAUGAGGCUAGAGCUGCCCAACAGCAGCUUUCAUCAGAAAAGAUGGGGCUGACAUUUGGAAAACAAGCUGCUCCAAAACCUCUGUCUCCUCAGCCUAACAAGAAGAUAACUGAAAGUGCUCAAGACAAUUAUAAAAAACCUACAGUGGAGGAAUCUCCCCUGGAUUCUAGCCUUAAGCAAGGUCCUCCCACUGCCCCAAAGCCCAGGAAACUGCCCCCAUACAUUAUCCUCAAAACCAGCAAAAGCAAUGUUAUUUCACUCCCUGGGGAGCCCAGUCACAAAUUCAAAGUGCUUUCUCCAUCAAAUGGCAGGCCCAGAGCAGCAACAGGUGACUUUUCCACAGAGAAGAUGCAUUCUCCUCAGAAAGAACAGGAAAGAGCCAGGCGGGAGGCUCUUGAGAAACUAGGUCUCCCACAAGAUAAAGAAAAAGAUCCAGAUGAUCAUGGGGCCAAAAACUCUGCUCUCUCAAAAUCCAGAGAGACUCCAAGGACUAGCAGCAGUGAGAAUGUAAAUGUCGAUAACAUUGCUGUGAAUAAGAAACCUGAGCAGAUGUAUAGCCAAGUUGGAGGGAAAGGCUUCUGCCCGAUGGAGAUCAAUGUUCCAAGUGUUAAAGAAACAAACUUUAAAUCCAACACACUGGAGCGAUCAGGAGUGGGCUUGAGCAGCUACGUCUCUUCUGGCAGUGAGGAUAAGAAUAUUAAAAACAGUAGCUCACUUGGCAAAACAUCCUUUUUGGAUAAAAUAGCUCCAAGUUUUCUCAGGAAUAACAGGCCACGUACAGCUUCCCUUGGCAUGGGGAGUGACUUCACUGAUCUGAAGGAGAACAGAAUGCAGAAUUAUGAGAUAGAAAAAACUGAUAAGCGAAGAUCUUACCCACUUCAAAACCCUGCCAAGCUUCCCAGGCCCCCUUGUGUCAGUGUAAAAAUCACACCUAAGGGGGCCACAGAUGAGGACCGAAAGGAGGCUCUGAAAAAACUUGGCCUGUUGAAAAAUUCAGACAAAUGACUUAUUUAAUGCAAAAUGGUGUUUUCAAACAGUAUGCUUGUUGCUUUCCAGAACUUAGUUAAAAUUGGACAAUGUGUAGCAAGAUUUGGUCUAGCAAGUAAGUAUGUGCAGUGGGUUAACCUGUGCUAGUUUCAGCAGGCAGCAUGAGAACAAACAUCUAAUUCACACCUUUUCUCCUUAUUUUGUUGAAAGUUAGUAACUCUGCUAUUUAGAUUAACCUUUAUCCCACAUAGACAAUUGAUCACUUAUAUAAAAUCUCUCUGUGUGUAUUGGUUGUAUAUAGUAUAUCAAGUUAUGACUGUAUGUAAGAAGUAGAUGUUAAACCUGAAGGGAAAAUGUCAGAGAUAUAGGUUCAUAUUACUAGAGCAAGCCAUAAGCUCUGGGUAUAUACAGGGGCAUUUCGUCAUGACAGUAGCUGUACGGCUAGUACUUUUAUUAGAUCAACAUGUGGAUUUUGAUUCUUCAUUUAAACAUUUGAGCCUGCUAAUUCAUUUUGGAGAGUAUGCUGAAACCACCAGCAGCAUUUGACUAGGUCAACCAUGGAUUGAAAUAUGCAUUUUUCUGAAGGACUGAAGUGCUUGGUAAUUCACCUGGAAUGUAGCUUCCAAAUGAUAAAACAAACAGUGAAAUCGGUGUUGAUUUAGUCCACUUGU